CCCCACAAUCUUGACUUUGACAACUACGUGACUGAGACAAGAUAAUCAGCAUCUCGCUGUAAAGAGCUACCAAAAAAGUUAUCUACAGAACAAAGUCAUAAUGAAGAUAAAAACAUUCUUAAAUUUGCCCUUGACUCUCCAUCCGCUCAACUUCAUCAAACUCGGCCGGAAUAACAUCUACCGAGAAGUUCUCUAUCGUUCUCACCUCCUCCGACUCUCGCCUCUUCCACACAACUUUCAAUUCGAUCUCCACCACCCCGGCCUCUCCGUCUCAAUCCUCAUCAACAACCGCCCUCUAACCGAAUACCCCGAACCCGACCCAUCCUCCUCUCGAACCUCAUCCCCCUCGCAGUCAACAAACCCCAUAACAACCUCAACAACCUACAUCGCCUCCACCCCCAACACGCCCUUCGCCAUCCGCUACAGCCUCGCUCCGCCCUUCUCCGCGCUGACGAACACCGCGCCUUUGCUGGGAGUAAAUGUUUUCGUUGAUGGGACGUUGGUUGUUCGGGAGACGGUUAGGAAGGCGGACGGGGAGAGGGAGAGGGACAGGGAGAGGAGGUUUGUGAUUCGGGGUGUGAAGGGGGUGGAUGGGAGGGGGAAGCAGGUGCUGAGGAGUUUGAGGUUUGUUGGGAGGAGGACUUGUGAGUUGUUCCUUUUAUUGUUUGGGGGAAGGGGGAAAGGAAGGGAGAGAGAGGCCAAUAUGAAGUUAAUAGCGGACGAGAAUGUGCCAGCUGAAGGGGAUCAGCGGCUUUUAGCGAAUGCGGGAAGAAUCGAUGUCGAGUUCUGGCGGUUGGGCGAGGGUGUUGUGCGGGAUUGGUAUGCGCGAAGUGAAGUUUUGGAGGUGGGGAUGGGGGCGAGGGCGGUGCAUGAGAAGGCGCUGAAGGGGGAGCCGGUUUAUCAUUGUGUUGACUUUGUUGAGGAGAAGGUGGUUGAGAGACCUGUUGUUAGGAGACGGGUGGGGAAGUUGGAUCAGGCUCCGAUUGCGUGCUUUACUUUUAAGUAUAGGUCUGAGCAGGCAUUGAAAGAGUUGAUGAUUAUUGAGAGGACUCCUGAGCCGGAACUUGAGCUUGAGCUUGGAGUUUCCACUUUGAAUCUUGAUGGGUUGACACCAGAGCAGAGAAGCAUGGCGAAGGCUUAUGUGGAUGGGCUAAAGAGUUCUAGAAUUGGAGCCGGGAUUAAGAGAGAGCAUGUCGAGGAAAGUGAGGAAGAGGAGGGCCCGCUGAAGAAGCAGAAGAGGGCGAGAAAAGGAAAGGAGAAGAUGGUGGUAAUUGAUCUUUGUGACGAUUAA